AUGUUGAAUCGUCGGCGAGCGCGUGCGGGAAGCGAAGACGGAUCGCGGGGAUCGUCGAGCAUGAGCGAGGAGGAGCCGGAACCGUUCGAGGAGAUGUACUCCAUCUUCCGCAUCGUCGCCAUGUACGAGUUGAUGAUGCACGGACAGUGGCAGUACGUGACACGCUUCCUGAAACACUUCCGUCCCGAACUCGUCCUAGGAAUGUACAUCGGAUCCGCCUUCGAGCUCAUUCGAUUCAUCUGGUUAGUAACUUCACCGCCGGAUCAAGCGUUUCAAACUCGUUUGCAGUGUGAUCAUCCUCGCGAUCGUGCUGGCUCUGAUGCGGAUCGCCGUGCUGUCGCCCCUGCAAUCCGACCGAAUCAUCGGCAACAUCACGUGGAUCUCCACGAUGAACUCGCUCGCCUUCUGGGUUUCCCUCAUUCUCUGCCUUCUCAUCGUCGGCCAGUUCGCAGUCUACCAAUGUCGAACCACACCGAGAAUCGUCAUUGUGACUACUGUCAACUUCUGCUUCUCCGUCAUCCUCAUCUGCACCAUCAUCAACUUGGGUGUGUUGAAAAUGACAAAAUGACAAGAGAAAAACACUGUAUUUCCAGCGAUUCUCAAAGCGAACGGCGAGGACUUUGUGAAAGAGGGCAUCCAUAAAAAGUUGCUGUACCCGCCGGAGACGAUGAAGACGUUGUCGAACUAUCAGAUGCGGAUGAAGUGCUGCGGCAUCAACGGGCCGGAGGACUACCGCGAGAACUUCAUCAUCCGCUACCGUAAUCCGCUGACGAACAAGACCGAGGAGGAGCCGUUGACGCGCGAGUUCGCCCUCGACGGACGCCGCUUCUUCAGUCUCCCGAUCUCGUGCUGCCGACGCAUCGACAAGUCAGCCGGCUUCAGGCACCUACAGUAAUCCUAUUUUCUUUCAGAAUCUGUUCUCAACGCAACCUGACCGACGAGGAGAUGAAAUUGGCGACGGCGUACCACGCGAACGGGGACUGGCAUCUCAUGCUCACCUACUUUGUGAUGCCCGAAUCGGGGACCUACCACACAAAGGGCUGUCUGACCGAGUUUGUGGAAUCCGUCGACAGCUACGCCACGAUCCUCAUCGUCUCCAUCGUCAUCUUCACUAUUUUCACCGGUCUCACCGUCGGAUUCGUCAUUGUGCUCCUGCUUUACCACGAUGGCGUCGGACAUAUUGUGUCGGAUUUGAAGGUAUCCCACAGCGUCCCCGCGCCAUAGUCUCCAGAGCUUACAAUAGGCACAAUACAUUGGCGCGAAAUUCAAAUUUUAACAGCAAAAGUUGUGUUUUUUUGCCAGAUUAGCCACAAAAAACCGAUAAUUUCUCAUUUGUCUCUCGAUAGACCGAUUGUAUAGGCCAUUACGAAUUUUUUAAGCGAAAGAGCGUCAAAUUUGGUCAAGUCGCAAAUCAAAUUUAUCCGUUUGAAGGUUUUUGGCUAAAACUGCGUGAAUUUCAGUUGCUUUUCGGUAAUUUUCGCAUGCAGUUCGAGCGCUCAAAAUGCUUGUAUUUACGUGAUUUAUCAUUCUCAAAACCAAUUCUGUCUGAAAACGGUCAAGAAAGUGCAAAAUGAGAAGUGCACUUUUUAGGCGGCGAUCGACGGCGAAGGCGAAAAGACGAAAAAUGAGCGCUAAAACGUCAUUAAUUCUGAGAAUUAGUGUGUUUUCAUGUCGAACAAUCAUUUUUCAUCGCCUUUGACCACAAAAAUCAGAGAAAACGUGCUCAAUUCAUGCAAAAACGCCAUUUGGCCGCCGAGGCCACGCCCAUAUUGUCAGCUCUGGAGACCGUGACCGCGGCCCCGCAUUAACCCAUUUCUUUCAAUUCAGAUGUUCGGUGUGGAACGCAACACGGGCGUACACUUUUUGAUGAGCCUCGACAUGGCGAAAAGCGACUUCCAGGACGAUUUCAGUCUGAUCGAAUUCCUUCGCAAAUCGGAUCUCGACAACUUUUUGGCUGGCGACCGGCUCAAAGAGCAGAUAAACGGACGGAAGGAGGCCGAGAGAAUGUGA